GCUAUCUGGAUACAGACAUGGAUAAGACAAGCUCCUUAGACAAACUGACAAGCUUACUAUCUUGCAUUAAAACUGUUUUGCUGGCUCUGCCGCCGCUGGAGCCCAGCGCCGCCGCCAUGUCUUCCGGGGCCAGCGUGAGCGCCCUGCAGCGCGUGGUGGAGCAGCUCAAGCUCGAGGCCGGCGUGGAGAGGAUCAAGGUCUCCCAGGCGGCCGCCGAACUCCAGCAGUACUGCAUGCAGAACGCGUGCAAGGACGCGCUGCUGGUGGGCGUGCCAGCCGGAAGCAACCCCUUCCGGGAGCCCCGCUCCUGCGCUUUGCUCUGAGCACCGGGAAGAAGUUCACCGAGCAAUACCUUCGAGCACAAAGUGAAGAAUGACUGCCUCCAAGUCUCUAGAAGACAUUUCCUGCAGCCAAACAACUUGUUAGACAUUUCAGACCUUCCCUGUGGCCUGGGCCCAUCACCAAAGUCCCACAGAAAGGAAUGCGUUUCUGCUCAAAUAAGGGAGCUCAGUGAUAAUGCCUUAUUGGUAUGGUGAAGUUCUUUAUAGUACGACAAACAAAACCCUUACCACCAAAUACACCAAGUCACACACCUUCCGUGAGUGAAUGAGUGGUGUUUCUAAACCUGGAAAGUGUUGUAUGUACUGGAUAUUUACAUUUUAGGGAGAAAAACAUUUUUGUUUAUUAAAAAAAAUGAGUAUUUGUAAGAUUUUUAUACCAUAAUAAAAUUCUUUUCUCAUGAAUUUACAGCCACUAAGUAAAGAUAAGAAAGGAUAAAAUUCGGGGGCAGAGUAGGUUUCACUAAUCAAAUGAUGUCUUGAUUUUUCUAAUGGAGAAAAUUGUUUCACUUAUAACACUAAACGUGGGAGAUGUUUCAUAGCAAACUUGUUUGGCAAGGUUAACGUUAUCUUGGGUAUUAGGUUGCCCUUUUCUGUGUAUGAAGAAGAUUUGAUCUUUGUCUUGUUAAGUUCACUUACUUUGUAGUUGUAGCUGUACUUUUAAAGAAUGCCUUUAAAAAAUGUUUAAAAUGUGACCUAAACACAGAGCGUUGCACAUGAUUAAAAACAAAGUAAUGUAAAAAUAUUAUAACCUAAAAUAAUUCUUCACAUCACACAUGUUCUACUCUGAUGAUGUGCCUUUGAGUUAACACGGGACACUUUUAGGAUGCUUUGUGCUUUAAUGUUUGAAGAGCUUGGAAAUAAAAAUUUCUGCUUAAUUAGUCA